AUGUACAUACACAGAAAUACACACGCACAGACACAUGUACAUACAUACACAGACACAUGUACACACAGACACAUGUAUGUACAUACACACACAUGUACAUGCACACAGACACAUGUACAUACACGCGGACACAUGUACAGAUACACACACGUACAUACACACAGACACAUGUAGAAUUGUACAUGCAUACACAGACACACACAUGUACACGUACACAACACAACCCCCCCCCUCCCCCCCCAUAAAAAGUUGCAGUACUUCGUUGUUCACGCACAGAUCCGGGUACUGCACUCUAGGGGGAGGCAGAGAGCACAGCACACACUCCUUCCUUUGCUUUCACUACGCUCAGCUAUUGAGCAGUCUGACGGCUCCCAGUGUGAUUGACAGAUUCGGCCUGAGCUCCGAGCCUGCACAGCAAAACGGCCUUGGGGGACACACUCUCCCCCACCAUAAUUUCCACUCGCCAUUGGCGAGCAGGUGAGUGGAAAUUUCAAGCCCUGAU